AUGCGUCCUGGACUGCGGAGCGGAUCUGGCGGUCCGCCAGCUAAUAACCGAGUCUCUGAAACCGGAGCUGAAGAUGCAUUGCCCAAAGAUAGGCCAGUCCCCGUAGUACAAGAACCAGCAGUGUGCUGUUCUCUAGCGGAUGCGCCGUGUACACCGCGCAAAGCCCAAACUCCUCGACGUUCGAGGAAGAGGGUUCGAUUCUCUGAUCCGGGUUGUCAGCCUGAACAAGAUAAUACCCCCGAGCAAAGUGACCUAUCAACCGGCUUAACACCAAUAGUAUUGCGGACGACACUUUUUGGGAACAAGACCAAUGAUGAUGAUGCUGCUCACGCACCGCAAAGUGGUGGAAAGCGGCGAGACUCACGUCUGCGGCACUCCGACCCUACCGUAUACUCUCAACUUCGACAAACACAGGCAGAGAUGGCGAUGUCGACUCCUGAAUCAAAUAUAUUCCGGUAUCUGCGUUUCCAUGAUAUUCUUGACCCCCGGGCAAGGAGGCGCAUACAGCGUCUCGGCUUUAGCGAAGCAAUGAACGAGAUUGAUCGAAGACGGAAAGAAGAGAAGAGGCUCCAGAGGCAGAAGGAUGAGCAGAUGCGACAACUGCAGAUGGAGAUCGAGUCCUUAAGAAGCCAAAGGAUGGAUAUAGAUGGCCAACACUCAACGAGCCAGGAGAGCGGCUGUAAGACUCCAAUGAGGAGUGAAAGGCAAAAUUCACACCCGAUUGAAGAGUCCUUGUUGACUCCCUGCCCAAAUACGAGUGGAAGAGCCGCUGAUAUACUAGACGAUGACAUGAUGGAUGAAGAUUUCAGUGCGUCCAACAGCCCUCUUUCCACGCCUAUGGGUAGUAGCACCCCAAUAUCAGCGUUUGGACGUACGAUAUCGUCAUCAGCUUCUUCCGAUCCAAACACACUAGCUCAGAUUGACCAGCUCACUCGUGAGCUCAAUGAUAAGAAUAGGGAACAGUUGUACCUUUUCGAGGAAUGGCAAAGAAUCUCAGGACAGUCUAAUGUUGUUACCCAAGAUGUCGAAAUCGGAGAUGAACCCAGUGCUUUACCUCCACCUGACCUAGCAAAGCAAGUCAUUACUACAUUGCAAGACGCCACUGCCAAGGCAGCUGAGGCAGUUCAAAACGUGAAGGAUCUCCAGAGUGAGCUCUCUGGUCAUGGUUUCGGCGGAGAAAGUGGAGCGGAAAUCAUUGCCAAUAUCGAAGCUCGUUUCCGACAUGCAAGAGUUGAGCUUGAAAGACUAAUUCCAGGGGAAACAGCAAACGCAAGCUUAUCCAACUGGAAAGCCAUUAUUGAUGCUUUAGUCGAUCGAAUUCACCGUUUGGUACGCGGGUUAACACAAGCCAAAGAUCAAAUCAGAAGUGGCGAAGACCGCGAAAGAGCAUUGAGAAAACAGUUCGAUGCCACCCUCUUUCGAUUAGAGAAUGAAGCAAAGGAGAAAAGUAAGAUAGGGAGAUAUGCGGAAUCAAUUGCGGAGGAUACGUUGAACAUGCGCAUAAAGCUACAGAGUAUGGAGAAAGACAUGAAAGAGCAAGAAACAGACAAAAUGCGAUUACAGGAUGCCCUGAGCAAGUAUAGAGAAGACUUGCUUAUGCUUGAGAGGCUGAAUUCAAAAUUAGAGGACGAGGUGGCUGCUUCGAACAAAAAAGCAGAGAAGCUUACGGCAUUGAACAUGCGAAUGAGAGAUGCAGGAAAUCUCUCCAAGGCAAGAAUAUUUGAGCUUGAAGGCCGUCUUAAGAGAGAAAGGGAAACAACUGAAUCUAUCGAGGCGUCUCUCCACCAAAGCGAUCUGAAGGUCAUGGAGCUUAACAAAAAGAUGAAGCUCCUUGAAACCGAGAAGGAAGAAGUGAUUGCUGCCCUGGAGGAAGCUGCCAAAGAGCAGUCUGCUGAGCAUCGGAAAGAAGUUGGCGGUCUAAACGUUCGUCUCUCUGUCAUCUCAACCUCCCUUAUUGAAAUAAAGGCCGAAAACGCAACGCUGCAGUCUGAAAAGGCCCAGUUGGAGAAACGACUGAGGAACGUUGAGCACAUAUCUUGGAACGCAAUCCGGCAGACCCAGCAGAAACAAAACGAAGCCAUGAAGGCCAUUGCUGAAUGGCAAAACGGAAUCCAGCUUCUGGCCAAAGAGGCGGUUCGGCCAAGUACAUGUAGCAGCGCCAUGGCUGGCCUGCGACACUCCUUCAACGGCUUUGGAAACGAGCCCAUAACACCAGAGACCGUAAGCAGGUUCAAAAAUGUGGAAAUUGCGAGGGGGAAGAAACGCAGACGGUGUCCAAAAUCUGAGACCAACGUGGUGAUUGAAGAAGAUGUGUGGUCUGAGUCCGAAGCCCUCUCAAGUGCAUGCAAACCUGCAACAGCUUUCCCUACUAUCUCACCCAUCUCUCCACGAGCAUGA